AUGGACAAUCAGACGGUCCUUGCUGUCCAGUCCUUCCUGGAUGGUCAAGCCGGCGUCCCUGAUCACAGCAAUCAGAACGUCUCCGGAGCCGCCAUCCAGCCGAUGGAUGAUGAUGACGUCUUCCUGUGUGGGAAGUGUAAGAAGCAGUUCAACUCCUUGCCGGCGUUCUUGACUCACAAAAGGGAGCAGUGCCAGCAGAACACGCCCUCGCUCGCCACCGUGUCACUGGCGUCCAGCAGCACUUACACACCUGUACCCUCGGUCAGCGCCGUGGCACAACCUCCGGCCAACAGACAGGUGUCGACGUACAUCACGGUGCCGCCGUCUCCUCUCACACACACCCUGGUGCAGGGGAACGUUCUGGUGAGCGACGAGGUUCUCAUGUCGGCCAUCUCGGCGUUCACGUCCAUGGACACACCAGUCACGGCCAUGCAGGCUUCCUCUCAGAGUAAUUUGAGCCUGCCCAGUGCAGCAUCAUACCUGCAGCACCACCCACAGGCCUCUCAGCCCCUCCCACUGGCCCAGGCUCCACCCCUUUCUGCACAGGCUCCCACCAGUAUCAACAGCUCCAUAAUGCAGGUGUACAGCACACUGCCCCCGAUGGCUGGAGGAGGAAAUGCAGAGGUCCACACGCUCGGCCUCCAACAGUUCCAGUCUGUUCAGGGUGGUGGUGGUCAGUGUGUGGACAGUCAGACUGCAGCCUUCAGCAGCGCUCCCGUUUACAGUUCGGCUAAACCGGCACAGAAGCUGAAGAGCUGCAGCAGCACCGUGACUCUGAGCGAGCUGAGCGAAUCCGACAAGGUCAUCAUCCCCAAAAAGACCCGCAACUCCAAGAAAGGCCACGAAGCAGGUCAAACAAAAGCCAAAGGUCAGAAGCUGAAGUGCAGUUUCUGUGACGAGGUUACUCAGGAUCAAGAGAACACAUCCAGUGAGCAAGAGCACGGUCCGAGUAGAAGUCGAGCGUGAGAGAUCGGGGGACUGCGCCAGGGCUUCCACGUGGAGCCGGUGGAAUCGACGAUUUCAAAACACCGAUGAUGAUGACAUCUUCCUGUGUGGGAAGUGUAAGAAGCAGUUCAACUCCUUGCCGGCGUUCUUGACUCACAAAAGGGAGCAGUGCCAGCAGAACACGCCCUCGCUCGCCACCGUGUCACUGGCGUCCAGCAGCACUU